AUGCCAGGCCGCCAAUCCCACGGCCGCCCCGUCCUCGCCGGAGGUGGCAGCGGUAAAAACAAGGGCAGCAGACCUCAACCAAGCAGCAGCAACAAACCAUCAUCGUUCCCCAAAUCCCGCUCCAAAUCCCAAUCCAAAGCCCUCGACGCCUUCGCCCUAGCCGAGGAAUCCCUCGGUCCAGAACGCCGCCAAAAAGGCGUGCGCUACCGAGAUCUAGAGGAAAAGGUGGAGAAGCCCUCCAAAAAGCGGGCUCACGAGGAGGACGAGGACCAAGAUUUUGACGACGAGGAUGAGGAGGAGGAGGAGGAGGGAGCGCCGCCGCAAAGGAAAAAGGCCAAAAAGGACGAGUUUGAAGGGUUUUCAGAUGAUGCCGCGGGGAGUGAGGACAGUGAGGAGUGGCAUGUGGGUGUGGGGAGUCAGGAUGAGGACUCGGAGUUGGAUUCGGACGAGGCGUUUGGGGAGAGUGAUGAGGAGAGGUUUGAGGGGUAUAGUUUUGGGAAGGGAGGGAAGGAUAAGAAAAAGAAAAGGGGGGAGGAGAGUGAGGAGGAGGAUAGUGAUUUGGAGAGCUUGGGAUCGGAUGCGAUUGAUUUGGCGACGGCGUUGGAUCAGUAUUCUUCUAGUGAGGAGGAGGGUGGGGAGGGGGGGAAGGGGAGUGAUAGUGGGGAGGAGGAGGACGAGGAGGAGGAGGAGGACGAGGACGAGGACGAGGAUGACGAGUCGACGGAUGGGGAUGAUGAGAGUAGUGAGGAUGAUGAGGUGGAUGAGGAGAGGUUGAGUGAGCUGAGGAGAAAGAUUUCUGCUUUUGGCGGGGAGGACAGUGAAGAAGAGGAGGAUAAUCCGGGGUCGGGGAACGCAAAGCUCAGUUUGGCCGAUCUUGGGUUGACGGGGAUCAACGACGAGCAUAUCAAGAAGUCGAUCAAGUUGAUGAACAAGGAGGACAGGGGCGAGAAGAAGACGAGGCUUGAUGUUCCUCUUGCGAAGACAUUGCAGGAUCGCAAUCUGCGAAGCGCGGCUUAUUCCGAGACAAACAAGACGCUUGAUCGCUGGAUUGAUACCGUCAAGUCGAACCGUCGAGCGGAUCACCUUAUUUUUCCACUUGCGCAGAAUGCCCAUGAUAAGGGCCUUGCUAGCGAAGAGCUCAUGCCGGUAAAUCAGAAGACAUCUGGGACGGAGCUUGAGAGCGCUAUUUUGAGCAUCAUGGAGGAAAGCGGUCUCGGCCCUAGCGCUUCCAAGGAAAAGAAGAACGAGGGUGGUCUCAUUGAUGAGUCAGAGAGGCUGUCAAAGGCCGAGCAAAAGGAGAUCACACGGCAGAAGCGUCGGGAGAGAGAAUUGCACGAUCGCGAGAUGGCCCGCCAGAAGCGCAUCAAGAAAAUCAAGAGUAAGGCUUAUCGCCGCAUUCACCGCAAGGAGGGUCUCAAGGACGAGCAGGCCGCUUACGAUGCUCUUGUCGAGGCUGGUGAGAUUGACUCAGAGGCCGAGCGGGAAAUGCAAGACCGGAGACGUGCGGAGGAGCGCAUGGGUACCAGGCACAGAGAGAGCAAGUGGGCCAAGCUGGGCAAGAAGGCUGGUCGUGCUGUCUGGGACGAGGACUUCCGCGCUGGUCUUACGGAUAUGGCGCGGAGAAAAGAGGAGCUUAGGCGGCGUGUCGAGGGCCGCAAAGGCUCCGAUGAUGACUCUGAUGUUUCAAUGGGAUCUGGCGACGAGAAGGAUAAGAAGCAGAAGCUGUUGUCUGAGCUCGACCGGGCGGCUCAAUACAGCGAUGACGAUGAACCAAAGUCUGGGCUGAUGAGCAUGAAAUUUAUGCAGAGAGGCGAGGAGAUCCGGAGGAAAGAGAACGAUGAUCUUGUGGCACAAAUACGUCGUGAACUCGACUCUGAGGCGGAGGAGUCUGGCGAGGAGAUGGAUAUUGGCCGUCGCCAGUAUGGCAUGGGCAGGGCGGAUGCUAAGCUCCCGGCCAACUCACCCAAGUCAAAGAAGAAGGCGGCGAAGUCCUCUGAACCAGUCGUCUUCAAGGACGACGUGGAAAUGACCGAAGCACCAUCUCGGAAACAGAAGAAGGCUGUCGAAGCUGAACCAGUAGGAUCAGCACCCAGCGCGCCUGGAGCCUGGUCUCGCGUGCCGCAAGAGGGUCGCAAGAGCAAGAAAGCGGCCGGCAAGGCCCCGGCAGCGGAGCUCGAUCUGUCCAACUCCGUUGCGCUUGCUACCAAGUCAUCCAAGCCAAAGUCCAAGACUGCCGAGGCGGAUGAUGGCAAUGACACUGACGACUCUGACGCCAUCCACCUUCCCAUGGCCAUCCGCGAUCAAGAGCUCAUCAAGCGCGCCUUCGCCGGUGAGGACGUCGUAGGUGACUUCCGCAGGGAAAAGGCCGAGAUCAUGGACGAAGACGACGACAAGGAAAUCGACAACACCCUUCCUGGCUGGGGCAGCUGGGUGGGCGAGGGUGUCAGUGCUCGCGAACAGAGGCGGCACAAGGGGCGGUUCGUGACCAAGGUGGAGGGUGUCAAGAAGACGAGCAGAAAGGAUUACAAGCUGAAGGAUGCAAUUAUUAGCGAGAGGAGGGUGAAGAAGGUAUGUUUGCUGGCUCGGUUUUCAAUAUUCCAAGGGACGACGAUGCUAACAGACAUGAUAGAACGAUGCCUACCUCGCUACCUCGCUACCAUUCCCAUUCGAGUCUCAGCAGCAAUACGAGCGCUCGUUGCGUCUGCCUGUUGGGCCGGAAUGGCAGACCAAGGAGACGUUCCAGAGCACUACCAAGCCGAGGGUUAUCGUCAAGCAGGGUCUUAUUGCUCCCAUGUCGAAGCCUAUCGUUUAGGGUGGUGGUGA